AAUAGGAGGGGGCGAGGUGGGAAAAAGGCUCUCCCUCCGCGUUCCCACCCCCCUGAAAAAGUAAACCAACCAAACUCGGCACCACCGUCGCCGCCGCCGUCGUCGCCUCGCCUCGCCUCCUCCUCCCUCCCUCCCUCGAUUCCCAAACCAACCUCCCCGCCACCGAACGGAGCAACCAACCACCACCACCCCAUCUCCGCCGCCGCCGGUGAGGUCGCCGGGGGAACGACGCGCGCCCGCACGCACGCCCGACCGCCGGAUCUUGGGAAGGCGGGGGAGGACAUGUCGCAGGCGUCGCUGUCGCCGUCGUCGUCGGGGGACGAGGAGGAGGAGGACGAGGGCGUCGAAGGGUACCGCAAGGGCGGGUACCACGCCGUCCGCCCCGGGGACCAGUUCGCCGCCGGCCGCUACGUCGCCCAGCGGAAGCUCGGGUGGGGGAACUUCUCCACCGUCUGGCUCGCCUUCGACGUCCACACCCAGAAAUUUGUGGCUCUUAAGAUCCAGAAGAGUGCACCAGAGUUUGCGCAAGCUGCUUUUCAUGAAAUUGAGUUCCUUUCUGAGAUCACCAAGAGAGAUCCAUCAAACUGUAAAUGCAUUAUCCAGCUGAUAGAUCAUUUUAAGCACGCUGGGCCAAAUGGGCAACAUAUUUGCCUCGUUUUUGAAUUCCUUGGAGAUAGCUUACUUAAGCUAGUACAAUACAACCGUUACAACGGCAUUGGAUUUGGACCGGUGAGGGAAAUAUGCAGAUCAAUUUUGAUAGGUCUUGAUUACUUGCAUAGAGAGCUUGGGAUCAUCCAUUCAGAUUUAAAGCUUGAGAAUAUUCUUCUUAUCUCAACAAUUGAUCCCUCAAAGGACCCUAUACGCUCUGGACUUAAACCUAAUCUUGAGAGGCCUGAAGGGAAUCCUAAUGGAGAAGUUAUGCUUAACCCGAUUGAGAAGAAAUUGAAGAUGAGAGCGAGGAGGGUGCUCGCAAAGCUUGCUGAGAAAAAGAAAUCAGCUGCAGAAUAUGCACGUGCAGAAAGGAGCUUGGAUGGGAUUGAUAUGACAUGCAAGAUUGUGGACUUUGGAAACGCUUGUUGGGCUGACAAGCAAUUUACAGAUUUUAUUCAGACAAGGCAGUACCGGGCACCAGAGGUCAUUCUAGGUUCAGGAUAUUCAUUUCCUGUUGACAUGUGGUCAUUUGCGUGUAUUGCUUUUGAGCUUGCAACAGGGGAAAUGCUAUUUACACCCAAGGAAGGGCAGGGGUAUAGUGAAGAUGAGGAUCACUUGGCUUUGAUGAUGGAAAUCCUUGGGAAGAUACCAAAAAAGAUUGCUACCAUGGGAACAAAAUCAAAGGAGUAUUUUGACCGUCAUGGAGAUCUGAAGCGGAUAAGAAGAUUGAAGUUCUCAUCUAUUGAACGUGUCCUAGUUGACAAAUACAAAAUUUCUGAAUCCGAUGCACGGGAAUUUGCCGAGUUUCUUUGCCCUUUGUUUGAUUUUGCCCCAGAGAAGCGUCCAACAGCUGCACAGUGCCUACAACACAAAUGGCUUCAAUAUAGUGAUGGCAAGAACUAUGGGACUCUCAACAUUAGUGAUGUCAAAAAUGCUAGUGUUACAUGCAGCCCUGGAACGACUGCCAGCAGUGAUUCUAAGAGCAUUGAUGUAACACGCAACAUUGGAGACAAGCCUGACAGUUAUGCCGAGAGAGCUGAUGCAAAGUGCAAUACUAGCAAAAAAAGCAUCAUCAACAGUAAUUCUGAGAAUUCUAAUGUACAACCCAAUACUGCAAGUGUUGGCAAUAGAAAUUCCAAAAUUGAUGAUGUAAAUUCUAAUACUGGGAGCAUCACUAACAAGGAUUCCAAAAACACUGUUAUAAAGCCCAGUAUUGGAAGCUUCGUGAACAGAAAUGCUGAAACAGUUGAUGUAAAACCCAACAUUGGCAGCAUAACCAGCAGAGGUGACAGUAGUAGUGACACCAAGAGCAACAUUGGAAGCGUUGCCAGUAAAGAUGCCAAAACUAUUGAUGCAAAACCCAGCACCAGCAGCAUCACCAGCCAGGAUAGUAAGAUUGGUGACGGAAGGAGCAACAUUGAUGGCAUUGCCAACAGAGAUGCCAAGACCGCUGAUGUGAAGCAUAACAUUCGAAGCGUUGUUAACACUUAUUUGAGGAAUUUUGAUGUGAAGCACAACACUGGAAACAUUGUUGAUGGUGGUGUCAAGCACUCAGAUUUGAAACCAGGCACUGUAAGUGCUGCCAAUGUCGAUUCCAAGAGUAUAAGUGCAAAGCCCAGCACUGGAAGUUUUGAGAACAGUGAUGCCAAGAGUAUUAGUGCAAAGACCAGCACUGGAAGUUUUGACAACAGUGAUGCCAGAAAUAUUAUGAAGGCAAACACUGGAAUUGUUGCUAACAAUGAUAUCAAGGAUACUGAUGUACAGACUAAUACCGAAAGUGUUACCAGCGGCGACGACCUAAACGACAUUGAUAGAAAGCCAAACAUUGGACGUGUUGCUGCAAGUAUACAGAGGCUGGAGAGCAGCAUAGGCAAAGUGCAAAGUGGAAAAUAUCGGUGAGAAAAAUAAUCCAUGCUAGUGCUGAUCCAGUUACCUAUUUUGAUCGGCUUGGAUCUGUUUUCUUUUUGUGGAGAGGCAUAUUCAAUUUCAUUAGAUUUGUGUCAUUGAUUUGAUUGCUGAGGUUAAUAACUACCCUUUGUGAUGGAGCCAAUCUUCAAGAUUUGAGGAUUUGGCAAAAGCACCAGCUGAUGCUUUUUACAUAUCUUAUAUGUUCCUGCUAACUGUAAAAAAGUUUUGUAUUUGCACACAGAAUACACAUGGAGGUACAUAUUUCUUAUUUACCUUUGUUAAUGUUCACAGAUUUUAUUGACAUUCAAGGUACAUAAACAUUCUUUUGGGCUUGA